CACAGUCUCCUCGAGGAAGUCUAGAGAUCAUUAGCACAGGCUAAAUUAAAAUUUUUAUGUGCCUGGAUUUAGUGAGGUUGUAUGUAAGAGGAAAAUCUAUUCAGAGAGUGAUGGCAAAACCGCAGAUCUCUGCCACUGAGCCAAUGUCCCUGCCCCAUCCUCCCGCCGUGCCGCACCAGUGCGUGUGUUUGCAGCGUGUACCUAGGGACCACCAUUUGUUGCAGCUGCUUUUCCAGCAUUUCAGUGCCUGCUCCUCGUCACAGCAGAGAUGUGCCUCUCCUGUGGGCUGAAUAUAAAUAUUUGGAAGAAGAUAAAUGCCGUCUUCCCUGUCAGCGCUGUGAGGCAUCAUUCCCCAAAGGGAACAAGACAGCGUAAAUCCUCCUUCUGUAUGACAGGAAGGUUUGAAAGGAUUGGGUCUGUAAGUGCUCUGAUAUCUCUACCUGAGACUUCACUUAGAGAAGAUCAAGAUCUUGUCUGAAAGCCUGUUUUAGCUACAUAUGUGACAGCAGAGCAGUUUGGCUACCUGAGUGUAACCCUUUUGCAUUUGGAUACUUAGUCCUUCUGCUCACUGGAAUUAUUAAUUAUGAUUUUACUGAUGUUAAUAUGGACAUAUCUCACCUGCAAGUUACUCUGACAGCUUGCUUUAUGCCUAUUUCUUUCCGUUUCCACCACCAGCAUUAAUCCAGGCAACAAGUCCUUUUUUGCUUUUACCGCAUCUUUCUAAGGAUGCUGCCACGUCUUUUGGAGUAACACACCAACGCAUGCGCGUGGCUGUUUCUCUCUUGUUUCGCAUUAAUAUCCCCGACAAUGACAACUCUCCAAAUGCACUUCCAAGAAUUUGUUCUCUCGUAGCUCCGAGUUGCCUUCAGUCAGCGCUGCUUUCCGUAUGAGCUCAGCCCACACCACAGCCAGGAGUUGCUCAACACAUCUUGGUGUGAAGCCUAUAGCGCAUUAAAAAUACACGCAAAAAGAUUUUGAUUAUUUUAAUAGACCAUGUUGUUGUCAUUAUUUCUUGGAUAUUGAGGCCACCCAAGCCAAUUAGGCCAUGUGGUCUGAUCUUCCCUUUUUUAUUUCGUAACUCACUCCUCCCAGCCUUACCACGCUGCAGCACAGAAGUGUGAAAUUCUGGUUGUAGUCGGUGUCGUACCGCUGAGCUGCAAGGACUGGGAGUACGUUGAGGACGAUGAGGUCUCUUGGUCCCUCACUGCUAGAAGCUGUGCUGCAGGGUUGGCUUGUGCUCAGCUCAGGAGGCCUGAGGUGUUUCAGCUCUCUUCCUUGCAGUAAAAAGGGAAAGAAAGUAUUACUGUGCACAUGUGCAAGGCUCCAAAUAAAAGCAGUCACUGCUGUUCUACCUUUUGUUGUAUUUGGAAGUAAUUUUAAAAAAAAAAUGUUUGUAGGUUUAAAGAUGAAGACACGUCAGAGGAAUAUGAGUGUAUUCCAGCAAACUAGAAUUCUUCUGUGGAAAAAUAUACUUAUUAAGUGGAGGAUGAAAAUGCAGAGCUUUCAGGAGUGGAUUCUGUCUCUGCUCUUUCUGCCGCUGAUGCUCACAGUGUGCACGUUCAUGAUGAACAUCCGCUACCCUGAAGUGCCUUACAGCAACCUGGGGCAGUUGGACGAUCCUGCCUACAAUGCCACUGGGGUCACCGUCGCUUUUACACCCGUCACUGUGACCACGAGGCAGAUAAUGAAUAAAGUGGCCCUGAACUCUGUAAUGAUAGGUAUAAAACUAGAAGCGCUGGACAAUGAGAGAGCCCUGGAGGAAGCCUGGAUUUCAAAUAAUGAAAUUAUAGGGGUUGUAUUUAAAGACAACUUCUCCUAUUACCUCAGGUUUCCUACUGGGAAUGUGGCUAUUCCAAAUGACAACUUGGGAUACGUAGAUAACUGUUACAAUUUCUCUUCGCGCUACUGUCACAGCCCAAGGUAUUGGUACAAAGGCUUCCUGUCCCUGCAGUCCAGCAUCGAUGCUGCUAUUAUAGAGGUGGUGGCAAAUCAUUCUGUUUGGGAAGAAAUGAAAACAAUUUCUGGUGUCCGUAUGAAGUCCCGUAGCGUCAUCUCCUCGAUUACACUUGAGUACAGUUAUUUCAUGGUUACUAUCGUGAUGUGUUUCUCUCCGUUCACGUAUUUCUUAUCAAUGAAUGUUGUAAGAGAAAAGAAGAAGCUCAAGGUGUUGAUGAAGACGAUGGGGCUGCAGGAUAUUUCAUUUUGGCUCUCCUGGAGUCUGCUGUAUGCUGUUUACGUGAUGAUCCUCUCCUGCCUGCUGACAGCUCUCGUGGUGCAGGACGCUUUCUACCUCAGCAGCUUCCCUGCAAUCUUACUGCUGUUUUUCCUGUAUGGCCUAGCAUGUAUCCACCUGGUUUUCAUGCUCUGCUCCCUCUUAAGGACCUCCAAACUUGCUGGUUCCAUGGGGUUCCUCAUCACCUUUCUCUUCGGAUGCCUGAGCCUUGUGGUACUGAUAGAAAAUCUUCCAGAACCGUUGAAGUGGUUUCUCGGUCUCUUCUGUCCUUUUGCAUUUAAUGCUGGCAUUGCGAAGAUUUUCCAUUUAGAAAAAUAUGGAAUGGCUUUCUCUUUUUCUAGCCUUAUGGAGGAAUCCUACUUUUUAUUUUCGACUUACAUUAUGCUGGUCUUUGACUCAGUCUUGUACAUGCUGUUAGCUAUGUAUUUCGACAAAGUGCUGCCAGGCAAAUACGGCAUCCCGGAUCCCCCUUUUUUCUGCCUGAAGCCCUCGUACUGGGUGCGGAGCAGGAAAGGCACCACGAGCGAGAUGCCCAGUGCAGCAAGCCCCGAGGAGCUCCUCGGUGAUGGCGUAGAGCCGGUGCCCCCUGAAUUCGUGGGGAAGGAGGCCAUCAGACUCAACAGUAUUAAAAAAACAUAUAAAAAGAAGGACAAGAAGACAGAAGCAUUAAGAGGUUUGUCUUUAAAUAUUUAUGAGGGUCAGAUCACUGCCUUACUCGGCCACAGUGGGGCUGGAAAGACAACGCUGUUAAAUGUGCUCAGUGGACUCACUUUGCCUACUGAAGGCUCUGCAACCAUAUACAACUACAAACUCUCUGAAAUAGGAGAUAGGGAAGAGAUUAGAGAGAUGAUUGGCAUUUGCCCACAAUUCAACAUACAGUUUGAAGUCUUAACGGUGAAAGAAAACUUGAAAACUUUUGCAGAAAUCAAGGGCAUCAAGUCCAAAGAGGUAGAGCGAGAGGUGCAGAACAUUUUGGAACUGCUGGAUAUCAGUAACAUUCAAGACACUCAAGCUGAGAAACUGAGUGGUGGGCAAAAACGGAAGUUAUCCAUUGGAAUAGCCAUGCUUGGAAACCCCCAGGUUUUGUUGCUGGAUGAGCCAACCGCUGGGUUGGAUCCUCUUUCCAGGCACCAGGUGUGGAGCCUCCUCAAGGAACACAGAGCUAGACGGGUGAUCCUGUUCAGUACCCAGUUCAUGGACGAGGCCGAUAUCCUCGCAGACCGCAAGGCUUUUAUAUCCCAUGGGAGGCUGAAGUGUGUCGGUUCUUCUCUGUUCCUGAAGAAAAAAUGGGGGAUUGGCUAUCAUUUAAGGAUCCAUGUCAGUGAGUCUUGUGACUUAGAGAACGUGACAUCUCUGGUUAAGCGGUACAUCCCCAAUGUCAUCAUCUCAGGACACAGUCAAUAUGAGCUGAGAUAUAAACUGCCACUAGAAAAUGUGAAUAAAUUCCCAGAUCUAUUCAGUGGCCUUGACCACUGCUCCAACCAGGGCAUUAUCAAUUACGGAGUUAGCAUGACAACCCUGGAGGAUGUCUUCCUGAGACUGGAGGAGGAAGCCACAGUGGAUCUAGAAGAUGAGUGCGUCCUUGGGGAGGAGUGGGCAGAAGCAGGACCACGGUGCCCCAACGAGACAGAGCCGGGCUCCUUGCUGCUCUCAGACACCGGGAAGGUGGCACUUGGUGGCUUGGCUCUCUGGAGGCAGCAGGUCGCUGCCAUGGCAUGGGUGCACUUCUUAAAGCUUAAGAGUUCAGUGAAAAACCUGCGGUCAAUUUUGCUGCUCUAUGUGGUUUUUCUGCUUCCUCUGGUUUUGCAACUGACCCUGGCUGCUGCCUGGCAGAGUGUGAGUGCCUGGGAGCUCUCACCUGCACGGUACUUCUUGCCCCUGGAGAAGAGGGCUCACUCCGAGACAACCAGCCUCCUGGUCCACAACAACACGGGUACAGGCAUCGAAGACUUUAUCCACAUGCUCCAGAGCCAAGAUCUCACAGUGGAAAUAACAAGCGAGGAAAAUAUCACAGAGGAGCUAAAACACAACGGGGCUAUAAAAGUGUCUCGCAAAGGCCAGAGCUACAGGUUUACUGUGUUAUGCCACAUGGAGGCUGUCAACUGCUUCCCGGUGCUUGUGAACAUCAUUAGCAAUGCCCUGCUGAAAGCCUUCAAUUCUACUGUGCACAUUCGGAUCUGGAGUCAUCCAUUUUUCUCUACAGAUGAUCCACGAUUCUGGGAUUAUUUUGUUUCCUUUUACCUCAUUUAUAUGCUGCUGUUAUUCCCUGGUUUUCCUCCUCACUUUGCAAUGGGCUACAUGCAGGAUUAUAAGGCGGGAGCUCGUGCACAGCUGCGGAUCUCGGGGCUCUUUCCCUCGGCGUACUGGUGCGGCCAGGCACUGGUGGACAUCCCGCUGUGCUGGCUCCUUCUCUUCUCGAUGUUCGGGCUUCAGUUCGCAAUGAGCAACAAGAUUUCCGGGAGCAUCGACAGCCUCUUCUUGCUGAUCAUGGCUACUUUUGGCUAUGGAAUUUCUAUUGUUCUCUUCAUCUACUUGAUCUCCUUCAUCUUUCGCAAAGGAUGGAACUGUGAUUUUUGGUCUUUUAUCCUGAUAGUGGUAUGCUUUGUGUCUUAUAUCAUCAGCAGACUCAUGGAUUUCACAACUGAUGUUACAGUCUCCCUCUGCGUUUUGUGUCUCUUGAUUCCCGUGUACCCACUGCUGGGUGUAAUAAUCAACUGCCAGCAAAUUUUUAUAGAAGACGCUGAGAUAUUUGGUGUGACUCCAAGGAAUGAUGUACUAAUAGCUGUCUUUGCACCUUAUAUCCAUUCUGUGGGUUUCAUUUUUCUUCUUCGAUAUUUGGAGAUAAAAUAUGGAAGAGCAGUUCUGAGAAAGGACCCGAUAUUUAGGAUUUCCCCGAGAAGAGAAAACAGCCACCAGUACCCCGAGGAGCUCGAAGAGGAAGAUGAAGAUGUUAAAGCUGAAAAAGCAGCAGUGAGAAAUGCCAUAGCGGAUCCGAGUCGGGAGGAGAAAUCAGUCAUUAUUGUCAGCAAUCUCUACAAGGAAUACAAAAUAAAGCAAGCUGGCUCCAUUUUUAAGAAGAAGAAAACGGCCACCAAAAAUAUUUCCUUCUGUGUUAAAAAAGGAGAAGUAUUAGGACUUCUGGGACCCAACGGAGCUGGUAAAAGCACGGCUAUCAAAAUGAUUGCCGGAGAGACGACACUGACUGCUGGGCAGGUACUGAUGAAGAGGGGCGAUGGAGCAGCCUCCCACCUGCAGGACCACGAGCCUGCUUUCCUGGGGUACUGCCCGCAGGAGGACCCGCUCUGGCCAGACCUCACCGUGCAGGAGCACCUGCGUGUCUACGCGGCAGUGAAAGGGGUGUGCAAGGAGGAUAUGGCUGCUGCUGUCAACCGAAUAGUGAAUGCUCUGCAGCUUCAAGACUAUUUAAGAAAAAAACCCAGAAAAUUAUCUGCUGGGAUAACCAGAAAGCUGUGCUUCGCAGUGUGCAUGCUGGGCAACCCUGCAGUCCUGCUCCUGGACGAGCCGUCGACUGGCAUGGACCCCAACGGGCAGCGCUGUGUCUGGAAAAUGAUUCGUGCCACCCUGAAAUCCAAGGAGACAGGAGCCAUUCUGACGACACACUACAUGGAGGAGGCAGAGGCAGUGUGCGACCGCGUGGCCAUCGUGGUGUCUGGGCAGCUACGGUGCAUUGGCUCUAUUCAGUACCUGAAGAACAAGUUUGGCAAAGGCUAUCUACUGGAAAUUAAGGUCAAGGACCCAGAGCGCAGUGAUCUUCUCCAUGCUGAGAUUCUGAGGAUUUUCCCAAGUGCAGCCCGUCAGGAGCGAUUCCCCUCUUUGCUAGUCUACAAGGUCCCAAUGGAAGAUGCACUGCCCCUCUCUCAGGCUUUCUCCAAGCUAGAGGAAGCCAAACGAAACUUCAACCUCGAGGAGUACAGCUUCUCUUUGAAUACUUUGGCUCAGGUGUUUUUGGAACUCUCCCGAGAGCAGGAAAAGGAUAAUUUCGAUCUGACUUUGGAUGGGACUUUCGAAUGGAAACAGCUUCAGCAGGAGGAUAGUUAAAGAUCUAAGAUGCUCAUUUACGCAUUACUCAGUAUUAAUCUAACUGAUGUGACACUGCACAUAAUUACUACCAUUAUCAACGUAACAUGAAGAGGAGCAACAGGCUCCAUCUUUCCAGCAAGCAUCAUCUGAGGGCUCCUCUCGGAUGCAGAAGACUCUGUAGGUGUCUGCACCAAGCCCUACCCCAAAUUGCAUUUCCAGGGGCUGGUUGAUGAAAUUGUGCCUGCACUGGUGAGAGCUCUUGUCAAGCAAAGCAGUGUGGGGCAGGGGGACAGAAUAUUUUGCAGAAAGAAGGGUCAUAACCCAUCUCUGGGGAUUGAGGCUUUGCUUUCCUCAGUGGAUGUGGGUGCAUCAGGGAAUCUGGACACACUGCCAACCUUCCGGGCUCUUCUCCCACCAAGGUGUGGGACUAUUUGCCUAUGAAGUGUUUAAAUACAUCUUACUGAAACUUGCACUCUAUUUUUAUACCUUUCCAAUAAAUGUCUAUAGAAGCCA